AUGGCGGAUGCGGGGCCGUGCGGGCUGUGCGGGGUGAAGGUGAUGUGUCGCUUCCGGCCGCUGAACCAAGCGGAGCGAAGCCGCGGAGACAAAUUCAUCCCGAAAUUCAACGGCGAUGAAACGGUGGUUGUGUCGGGGAAACCGUACGUGUUCGACCGAGUGUUCGCUCCGAACACGGAACAAGUUCAGGUGUACGACACGUGUGCCAAGCAGAUCGUCCGAGAUGUGUUGGACGGAUACAAUGGGACGAUCUUUGCGUACGGUCAGACAGCGUCAGGAAAGACUCACACUAUGGAGGGGAACCUUCACGACCCUCCUCUGAUGGGAAUUAUUCCACGGAUCUCUCGAGACAUUUUUGAUCACAUCUACUCGAUGGACGAAAACCUGGAGUUUCACAUCAAGGUAUCUUAUUUUGAAAUCUACCUGGAUAAAAUCCGAGACCUGCUGGAUGUGUCAAAGACAAACUUGGCCGUUCACGAGGACAAGAACAGAGUUCCCUUCGUAAAGGGUUGUACCGAGCGUUUUGUUUCUAGUCCUGAUGAAGUGAUGGACGUUAUCGACGAGGGGAAAGCAAACCGACACGUCGCAGUGACCAACAUGAACGAGCACAGCUCUCGGAGUCACAGUAUUUUUCAGAUCAACAUAAAGCAGGAGAAUGUGGAGACGGAGACGAAACUGUCGGGAAAACUUUACCUGGUCGACCUGGCAGGCAGCGAGAAGGUGAGUAAGACAGGGGCAGAGGGCGCCGUGUUGGACGAAGCAAAGAACAUCAACAAGUCUCUGUCGGCCCUGGGGAACGUCAUCGCUGCUUUGAGUGAAGGGACGAAAACUCACGUCCCGUACAGAGACAGUAAGAUGACUCGAAUUCUUCAGGACUCUUUGGGAGGAAACUGUCGAACAACCAUCAUCAUCUGCUGCUCGCCGUCCAUUUACAACGAGACCGAGACCAAGUCCACGCUCAUGUUUGGACAGAGAGCAAAAACCAUAAAGAACACUGUGUCUGUGAACCUGGAGCUGACGGCAGAGGAGUGGAAGAAAAAGUAUGAGAAGGAGAAAGAGAAGAACAGAAGUCUGAACAUUGUCAUUCAGAAACUGGAGAAUGAGCUGAAACGCUGGAGAAAAGGUGAGCGUGUACCUGUGGACGAGCAGCUGAGCAACAGGAAGAGGAAGAGCAGCAUCGACACCACACAGGUGAUGGACAGCUUGGCCACGCCCAGCGACCCUCUAUCUGAAGAGGAGAAGAUUCAAUAUGAGGCGCUCAUCACUGACCUUUACAAGCAGCUGGACGACAAAGAUGAUGAGAUCAAUCAACAGAGUCAGUUGUCAGAGAAACUUAAACAGCAGCUGAUCGAUCAGGAUGAGCUGUUGGCGUUGAGCCGUCAGGACUAUGAGCGCCUGCAGGGGGAGCUGUCGCGGCUGCAGAGAGAUAAUGAUUCCGCCAAAGAGGAGGUGAAGGAGGUGCUUCAGGCUUUAGAGGAGCUCGCCGUCAACUACGACCACAAGAGUCAGGAGGUGGAGGACAAGAACCGCCUUAACAAACAGCUGAAUGAGGAGCUUGCACACAAAACUGUGAGUCUUGAGACGGUUCAGAGGGAGUUCUCAUCUCUGCAGGAUCUCAGCUCGCAUCAUAAGAAGAGAUCUGCUGAGAUCCUCAAUCUGCUACUCAGAGACCUGGGAGACAUCGGCAGCAUCCUCGGAACAAGCGACCUCAAAGCUAUGACGGAGACAAGUGGAGCAAUGGAGGACGAGUUCACUACUGCUCGUCUCUACAUCAGUAAGAUGAAGUCUGAGGUGAAGUCUCUAGUGACCCACAGCAAACAGCUGGAGCUCGACCUGAAGGAAAACACCUGCAGGGGGUUGGCGAGUGAAACGGAGCUUAGCCGCCUCCAGCUGCUCGUCUCACAGCUCCAGGCGAAGUCGUCGUCUCUGACAGACGACCUUCAUAAGGUGGAGCAGAAGAAGCGGCAGCUGGAAGAAAGUCAGGAUGCUCUGAUGGAGGAGUUCGCCAAGCUCCAGGCUCAAGAUAAAAUGCACGAGGUAACAGUGAUGGACAAAGAGAAAGAACACAUGAGCAGACUGAAGGACGCUGUUGAGAUGAAGACAACUUUAGAAGAACAGAUGGAGAACCACAGAGAAGUUCAUCAAAAACAACAGAGUCGACUCCGAGAUGAGAUUGAACAGAAACACCGAGACGCUGAGCAAGUCAAAGAUGUGAAUCAGGCUCUGCAGCUGGAGAUGAGGAAGAUUCAAUCAGACUUUGACAAACUGAAAACCGAGGAUGAGAAAAAAGACCAGAAACUUCAAAAACUUUUGUUCUUGAAUGAGAAAAGAGAACAAGCCAAAGACGAUCUGAAGGGUCUGGAGGAAACAGUGGCCAAAGAGCUGCAGACACUGAAUCACCUUCGUAAAAUCUUCAUCCAGGAUGUCGGCAGCCGAGUCGGGAAUAGUUUAGAGAACGAUAGCGAUGACGCCGGUGGCAGUUUGGCUCAGAGACAGAGGAUCGUCUUCUUAGAAAAUAACCUGGAGCAGCUGAGUAAGGUUCACAAACAGCUGGUGCGGGACAACGCAGACCUUCGCUGUGAGCUGCCCAAGCAGGAGAAACGCCUGCGGGCCACAGCAGAGCGAGUGAGAUCUUUGGAAUCUUCCCUGAAGGACGCCAAGCAGUCAGCUGUGAGAGACCGGAAACGAUACCAACAGGAAGUGGACCGCAUCAAAGAAGCUGUCUGCUCUAAGAAUGUCUCCAGAAGAGGGCACUCUGCUCAGAUAGCUAAGCCAAUCAGAGCCGGACAUCAGCAGCCGUCGUCCUCUGCAUCCAUCAGACUGACCAUCAAAGGGGGGGGGGCGCCAUCGAAUCGACGCCACCCCCCCCCCCGACAACACAACCACAGCUACAACACAACAAGUGCAACAUCAACCCCAUAA